AUGGACCAACCGUUAGUGUCAAGGUUAUGAAGCGAUAGUGGGAAGUCGAGUGGGUUCGGUUUUGUUUGCUUCAAGAGGCAUGAGGAUGCACAGAGAGCCGUGAACGAGAUGAACAGGAAGGAGCUAAACAGGAGGCUGAUAUAUGUAGGCCGCGCCCAGAAGAAAGGAGAGCGCCAGACGUUGCUGAAACUCAAGUUUGGGCAGAGGAAGCCUGACCCCAAGGCCAAAUACAGAGGUAUCAAUCUCUUUGUAAAGAACCUGGAUGAUGCCUUUGAUGAUCACCGUUUAAGGAAGGAGUUUUCUGCAUUCGGAACAAUCAUCAGCGCCAAGGUGAUGACGGAGAGGCUUUGGCUUUGUUUCCCGCUCCUCCCCCGAGGAGGCCACCAAGGCUGUGACAGAGAUUAAUGGCCGUAUCGUGGGCACCAAGCUGCUUGACGUUGCCCUGGCUCAGAGCAAGGCACAGCGCCAACAAUACCUGGCAGACAGGGACAAGCAGUGUCAUGGCAGUGCCCAACCCAUCAUCAACUCCUACCAGCCUCCCAUUCCACAGGUAAAUCCAAACAAGAAUCAUAUAUUCAACUUGGACAUGAGUAAUGAACAUUAUAUUGAGAAAUGCUAACUUCGAAUUCCAUAUAACCUUUUACUCCAAUGUGUACAUUCCUCAGACUCAGACCCAUGCAGCUGCCUACUAUUUCAGUAACCAACUGGCUCAGCUGAGUUCCAGCCCUGGCAUGAUGCCCGUUCAGCGGAUAGCGCCCACGUCAUCCUGCCAGUGCAGAUGCAGCCACUGCCAUGAGCAAGCCUAAGUACAAGUAUGUGUGAUCGAAUGAAAUGUGCCUUAAAGAAAUACAUAAGUACAGUACCAUAAAGUGUAGCAGCAAUCAAUAUGCUCAUCAUUCAUCUGAGUGUGAGCUCGAUUGAGGUCUAAGCAGUUUGAUUGUUGAUGUCUAGGAAUUCCUAUAUGUGGAACAUACAGCCAGCUUCUCAUUCAUUACAAACGUGACUGAAGCAAGCUUUGCUGUGCUCGUGAAUCAUUUCUCAUAUCUUCCUCCUUUCAGGAAUUCAACAUUCGCAGCCGGCGAUGGCGUACGCAAUAAUCCUCUGCUCCCCACGGCAGUCCAUAUUGAAGUCCAGGAGCUUCACCAGGCUAAAGCCAGGCAGAAAUAUGUCCCAAACACUGGAGCUUGAAGCCAAGAGAGGGACGGGGUCCUUCAAACUUCCUUCACAGAAGAAGAAAGAAAUUAAGAUGAAAUUAUAUUUAGCAGAAAAGCCCCAGAGCAGUCAGAAUUCUGUUUCCUGUGUUCCCACUAGGCCCCUCCAAUUAGGUCCCUCACUCAGACCACUCCCAGACAGUGCUAUUUUGCUUUUGCUUGAGAUGAUUUUUAAUUUUUUUAUUUUUAGCUAUUUUUUAUACUUUUCUACCAUUUUAAUGGAAAACUAUUACAGUAAGGCACUUAAUUGUUACCCAGAAAUUAUUUGAUGUUGAGAUUAAAAAACGGCUGCAUAUGGACUUCAAUAAAUAAGUACUUUUUCCAAAAAUGAAUUCAUGAUUGACUCUGCCAAGUCAUAAGAUAAGCUAGACCUUGAAAGAAACAAGGGUAAUUUUAGGUCUGGAAAAAUAUUAAAGUUUCCUUUGUUUUACUUCUUUUUACUGUGUUUGUGUGUAGCUGACAUGAGUCGGGCUCAUGGUUGCUCAUGGUCUCGUGAUGGGGAAGACCUGCCUGAGACUUCAAAAUCAGUGUCGUGUCGGCCAAUGGCCCAAAAGGGUGUUUCCUCUUGGUCUAAUGGUUAAGACGUUGGUUUCUUCUGUGGUAGACACAGGGUCAGAUCCCUCCCGUGACGCGCUCAGAUCAUUAGUUGUCUUGUGCGCAGACAAGAUAGCUGAGCAUUUUGAAACUGAAGACUGGCUGUAAUAUAAUUUCAAACACACUGAUACACACACAACUCCUCGGUAACGUUGAUCUCCAGGCCCUUGUCCUGGAGGUUGGACACGAGGGUGUUGUUGCCCGGCACCCUGUAGACGAUUGUGUACUCCAUACCCAUGUUCUCCACCAACCCACAGCACAGCUCCACGAUCAGAGGGACAAACUGGUGGAGGGGGGAGAGAGAGAAAGAGGGGAGGGAGGGAGGGAAUAGUGGAAGCGAGACAGUGACUUAAGGGAUGGAAAGUCCAUCAGUGUGUCUCCCUCCGGGAUGCAACAAAUCUCGGCACAUCUUAAAGGCCAUCAAUGGGACGACAGGCCUAUAUACUGCACAGUACAUCCAUGUCUUACAGUAGCUGCACCGCUCUACACCAGACCUGGGUUCAAUUAGGAUCUAUUUUCUUUCAAAUACUUUCAGCCUUUCGAUUUCCUCUGUCUAUGGUGUCAGAUGGGCAGGGUUUGCACUUUGCACUUUUGAAACUAUCCCAUUGGUGUCAGACAAGUUCAAUCUAGUGCACAUUUGAAACAAAGCAAAUACUAGUACUAUUUAAAUACUACUAUUUUAUUUCAUUAUUUUAAUAGUGUAUAUAAUAGUAUACUUUUAGUAUUUACUGUUAGUACUACUGUAGUCUCACGUUGCUAUCCCCCCAAAUCUCGUUCAUUACUCAGCUAUUGGUUUCCAAACAAAUAUGAGGAAGCCUGGACCUGAAGGUUCCUGCCAUACCAACCAGCUCUCUGUUUUUUCUCCCCAGGCUCUGACCCUCCAGGGUCGUCUGAAGUUCCUGCAUGGCCAGAACUACCGGCUGGAUGAUGGCUGCAACAUGCCCCCCCAGCUGGCCCUGUUUGCCAUCGCUACCCCCCUCCAGCCCCCAUCCAUCCUGGAAAUCAGGACCAAGAACAUGAUCUUCAGGACCAAACACAAGCUGGACUUCACCCCCAUGGCCUGCGAUGCC